AUGAUCACGGGGAUGGACGACGACGGUAAUGUGAGUUGAACAAUUUUCUCGCGGCUUGGAGACUGGCUGACUCGCCCUCGGCGCCUUUUUUCUUCUUCUUACUGAUACAUAGAUUUACGUCACGUCUUUCGAAGAGGACGAGCAGGAGGAGACUCGACCUUCAUCGAGACAACCACUUCGUUGGACUCAAUCCCACCGACUCGAGGAUGCUCUUGACUUGCGAUUGUUCGGAUUUCGGAAGGGUAUUCUACAUGGGGGGGUAAGCAGAGGAGAGUAUGAGGAGUAUGGGGAGACGGGGGCGAGCAGGGGUUCUGAGGAUGGAUUUGUAAUGUAG